AAGUUAGAAAACACGUCCUGGAAAAUCUUCAUUUUCCAUCGCAACUGAUUAAUGCAAUUAAAUUAACAAUCGGAGUUACUUGAAAAUAAAGCUUUUAAUAAAAUUGUGUUAAGUUCGUAGUUUUAUUUACGUUGAAAGCUUUGAAAAGAUUAUUAAUUUUUGAAUAUCUCUCAAAAGUACGACAAAGCAAAAUUAAACAAAUUGUUUCAUUGGUAUCAACUCUCGGAAAUUUUUGGAUCUUGGAAUAACAUACUUUGGUUUAUUGGUUAAUAUCUUUUUUGAAGCUAGAACCCUAAAAGUGCAAAACAAAUCUAAUUAACUAUUUGGAAUAUCAGAAUUUUAGAGAUAGCUAUUAUGGACGCAAACAUAAAUAUCUGUGACGUAAAAUCCAAACUCAAUCUCAGAGAAAAAGCAAAUAAAAUUCACAAUGAACUUAAAGAAAUGAAAAAGGAUUUCAAAGAGGCAAUAGAAAGUUUACUGGACUUGAAUAAUAUUAAAUACAAUUCCAUAAACAACACUAACAAUAAUGAGAGUCAGGAUCAUGAAGUGGGUAUGUCAAAAUCUGACAUCAGUUUUGAGCAAAAAUAUGAAUUAUAUAUUGCUGCUAGACGCAAAGGCUUAAGUAAAAGAAUAAAAUCUGUGCAAAAGUUAAAAGAUCAAAUCGAAACUACUCUCGAUGAGAAAAAAAGUAAAAUUACUAUGGAGCUAAAUAUCGAUACGGAAAACAAAAACAAAUCUCAUAAUGCUGUAAAGCCUGAUCUUAGAAAAAAAUAUUCUGAAUUAUGGUCAGAUCUAAAAGAAAUGAAAAGAAAUUUUAAACAUGCUAUAGAAGACUACUUAGAACUAGAUAAUAUUCCUUACAAAAAAAGGAAUCGUCCACAUAAAAAGAUUAAAAAUCCCUUUAACAAUGCACUAGAUAUGUCGGAAACAGAUGUCAGUUUGGAAGAAAUAUAUGAAUUGUUCUGUGCUACUCGAUGCAAACGUUUCACUAAACGAGUAAGGUUUAAACAAGAAUCGAAAAAUCAAAUGGAAAUUGUUAGCGGCCCAAUAAUCUGUCGAAAGGGAUUUGAAAAUCAAACUAGCAGCGGUAUUAAUGCAAACAUGCCUAUGAUAACGGAUGAAGCAUGCUCACUUUCUGUUAUUAAAGAACGUGAGAAUAUGAACAACAUCCCUAGUUCGGCUAUCAGUAAUUUAAUCAGUUAUAAAAACACUGAAAAGUUAGCGCAUUCUAGAAACACUGGCGGUGCUCCUGUAGUUAGCUUUAAAAUAACAGCACUGAAAAGUAAAAAUCUUGGUCAAUACCAAAGAAUAAGAUCUGAACAAGUAUCAAGAGAUCAAAUCGAAACGAUUGGUGGUCUGAAAACCUGUCAAAAAAGAUUAGGAUAUCAAAGCAGCAGCGGUAUUAAUACGACCAUGCCAAUAAUGACUGAUGAAGCAUGCUCACUUUCCGUUAUUAAGGAACGUGAGAAAAUGAACAACAUCCCUAGUUCAGCUAUUAGUAAUUUGGUCACUGAUUAUCAAAUAUCAAAAAUGUUACCAAAAGCGAUGAAAGGUGGCAAUGCUCCUGAAGUAAGUUUGAAUAUAACAGCUAUGAAAAGUAAAAACUUGGGUCAACACCAGUAUAAGAUAAUGAAAAACCAUAAUAUUGGAUGUUUUUUGUAUCAAAAACCAGUCACGAGAAAUAAUGAAUCAAAAUCAGAAAUGAACGGUGAGAUCAUAGUAAAUAUUCCCGAAGCAUUAAAAAGAAAUGCAAUUAGAAAAAACAGCAAACCAAAACCUGGGCAUUCAAUGAAAAGUUGUUACAAUAAUUAUAAAUAUAUUAUAGACGCGUACAAAAAUAAUAACACAUCUUCAGCUUCACAUCAGAAAGAAAGUAUUUAUGCAAUGAUAAAUAACACAAGCCCAGGUCCCCACCACAAACGUUACCCAAACAGAAAUGACGAAAUACCUCAAAUAAUCGAUAUCUCAAAAUUAGAAAUGGAAAGUGAGCGAAUUCUCAACUCUCCUCUUGCAUCAGUAACUAAUGCGAAUGGCUGCAAUAAAAAUGACAACAUAUUAAAGCAUAUAAGUAGAGAAGAUUGCGGUAACCAUCAAAGUAAUCAUGUCACACCUCAAAAAAACGACAAAUCUUCGGCAAAAAGUGGUAGAGAUCGUAACCAUACACAGACAUUACCCACAAAUUCUGAACUUCAUUCAUCUCAUAGGUCUUCUGAAAAGAAAAUUCCAUUUCCAACAGAAACACAAACUGAGAUGAUGCUCAAAAUUCCUUGUUCAUCGAGAAGUGAAGCAAUUAACAAUAACGAAUGCAGUAAUACAUAUAUGCGUUUGAUUAGCGGAGGUUAUAAUAAUCAUCAAUCUGAUACAAGUGCGUCUAAGGGAACCUGCAUAUCACCUACUAUAACUAGAAAGGAUUGUGAUUAUGCAGUAGAUCGGCACACAAACACGUGUCACCAGCAACAUGGUGCUUAUAAUAAUCCUCAAGCUGAUAGGAGUGCAUCUAAGGGAACCUGCAUAUCAGCCACUACAAGUAGAAAGGAUUACGAUUAUACAGUAGAUCGUCACACAAACACGUGUCACCAGCAACAUGGUGCUUAUAAUAAUCCUCAAGCUGAUAGAAGUGCAUCUAAGGGAACCUGCAUAUCACCCACUAUAACUAGAAAGGAUUGUGAUUAUGCAGUAGAUCGGCACACAAACACGUGUCACCAGCAACGUGGUGCUUAUAAUAAUCAUCAAUCUGAUAGAAGUGCAUCUAAGGAACCCUGCAUAUCACCCAUUAUAACUAGAAAGGAUUGUGAUUAUGCAGUAGAUCGGCGCACAAACGCGUGUCACCAGCAACGUGGUGCUUAUAAUAAUCAUCAAUCUGAUAGAAGUGCAUCUAAGGAACCCUGCAUAUCACCCACUAUAACUAAAAAAGAUUGUGAUUAUGCAGUAGUUCGUCACACAAACACGUGUCACCAGCAACGUGGUGCUUAUAAUAAUCAUCAAUCUGAUAGAAGUGCAUCUAAGGAACCCUGUAUAUCACCCACUACAAGUAGAAAGGAUUACGAUUAUGCAGUAGUUCGUCACACAAACACGUGUCAUCAUCAACGUGGUGCUUAUAAUAAUCAUCAAUCUGAUAGAAGUGCAUCUAAGGGAACCUGCAUAUCACCCACUAUAACUAGAAAGGAUUGUGAUUAUGCAGUAGAUCGGCGCACAAACGCGUGUCACCAGCAACGUGGUGCUUAUAAUAAUCAUCAAUCUGAUAGAAGUGCAUCUAAGGAACCCUGCAUAUCACCCACUAUAAGUAGAAAGGAUUGCGAUAAUGCAGUAGUUCGUCACACAAACACAUGUCACCAGCAACAUGGUGCUUAUAAUAAUCAUCAAUCUGAUAGAAGUGCAUCUAAGGAACCCUGUAUAUCACCCACUACAAGUAGAAAGGAUUACGAUUAUGCAGUAGUUCGUCACACAAACACGUGUCAUCAUCAACGUGGUGCUUAUAAUAAUCCUCAAUCUGAUAGAAGUACAUCUAAGGGAACCUGCAUAUCACCCACUAUAACUAGAAAGGAUUGUGAUUAUGCAGUAGAUCGGCGCAUAAACGCGUGUCACAAGCAACGUGGUGCUUAUAAUAAUCAUCAAUCUGAUAGAAGUGCAUCUAAGGAACCCUGCAUAUCACCCACUAUAACUAGAAAAGAUUGUGAUUAUGCAGUAGUUCGUCACACAAACACAUGUCACCAGCAACAUGGUGCUUAUAAUAAUCAUCAAUCUGAUAGAAGUGCAUCUAAGGGAACCUGCAUAUCACCCACUAUAAAUAGAAAGGAUUGCGAUAAUGCAGUAGUUCGUCACACCAACAUGUGUCACCAGCAACGUGGUGGUUAUAAUAAUCCUCAAUCUGAUAGAAGUGCGUCUAAGGAUACCUGCAUAUCACCCACUACAAGUAGAAAGGAUUACGAUUAUGCAGUAGAGCGUCACACAAGCAGGUUUUACCAUCAACAUAACUCAAUGAACACCAGAUCAGAGGAUAGCAGAGUACCCAAGCUAGAAAUGAAAAGUGAGAGAAUUCUCAAUGCACCAUUGAUGUUAGUUAAUAAUAAGAAUGCGGGCAAUGAAAACACUGAAGUUACCGCAAAGUUUUUAAAAGAUGGUUCCUGUGUCUACCAAUAUUAUGGUGGUGCCAUACCAAAAACUAAUGUAUCUUCAAGAAUUGGUAAUAGAAAUCAAAUAAACUCUGGUCACCACCAAAUUCACUCAACGGGAAAUAAGGAGAUAGUUGCUUUCAAUUCUCGUCAGACAUCAGAAAAGCAGAUUAUAUCUAAACCAGAUAUAAAAACAGAUGAGAUGCGCCAUAUUCCGAGUUUAUCGAUGAAUAAAGAAAUUGGCACUAAUGAAAUUCCUGCACAUUUGAUAAGAACUGGUUGCAAUAAUAAUCAAUAUAUUGAUGGUAUGUCUAAGCAAACAUGCAUGUCACCCAGAGUUAAUAGUAAGAAUUGCGAUCAUGCGGAGCACCAUAACACCUCAGGUCAGCGCCGACUUUACUCAAAAAGGCACGAUGAAAUUGGUUGCUUCUAUAAUAGCUAAAAAUUAUUAUAACUUACACAAAAUUAGAAAGUGAGAAAAGUGGUUUGGGCGUUUUUGUAAGCUAAGUUAUAUCAUAUAUUUUAUAUUACAAAUCGAUUGAGGUACUUCCAACUGCAGCGUGAUUCUCAUAGUCUUAAACUUGGAAAAUCUGUCUUAAUAUGCACCUUAACUACUAAAUUUUAGUUUCAAAAUUUUUUUGAAAA